AGGCGUUUUGUAUCGUUCAAGCGCACGGUAUCGGCAGACGCUUGCUGCACGUGAAGCAUGCUGCUCUGCUCGGGGGAUGUGCAAGUUUGGCGCGUCAGGCUUCGGCAUCAGAGAGUUCUCGGCACUCCUGCUCGUGCUGAUCGCAAUCUGCCUUCUUGGACUUUAUCCAGGAUAUGCUGCGGCUGCGGCGGCGGAUCAUUCGGCGAUCGACAUACAGGCAGGCGGCGACAUCGUUAUAGAUUUAGAUUAUCCGGUCGGUGACAAUGGAUCCAUCGUUGUAUUUUUUCAGUUGGAGGACGACUCGAAGUGGGAGAUUCUGCACGAGUGUUUCACGCACGUCGCAGCUGCGACCUUCUCGAUCGGUCUGCCGCUGGCCCUGCAUGUUAUUUUUGCGGAGGCAUCGUCGCCAAACAAAUCCCGAAGAGAUGCGAUUGAGAGCAGCAUCUGGGAAGUCGAUGGAGCCUUCACGCUGUUCGUUCAGACCUCACACGUCGACCUCCGCGAGCCCGCGCUGAUCCUUGAUCAGCUGGAGCUGACCGGAAGGAAGCGGCUGUCCUACGAGCUGGCGCUGGUCAUGGGCAGCACGGCGAGCGCCGAGCUCCUCAGCCGCGGGGCGCAGGCGCUGUGCGGGACCUCUCCCCAGGUGGUCUCGAUCUUGCAGCGCUUCCUCCGCGGGGGCGCCGGCGCCGUGGACCUCGUGGCGCCCCUCGGCACCGUCGUGGACUCCCAGGCCGGCUACGCGAGCGCUUCCCCGCAGGUGGCCCGCAGCGCCUGCUCGAGGCAGGCCGCGUGCCCCGACGCGCUGCUCGCGCCGGGGCUGCGGCGCCGGCUGGCCGGGCAGGCCGCGGGGCUCGGUGCCGCGGCGCCCGCCUUCGACCCCGAGGCCGCCGUCGCGGUCUCAGGCGGCAGCUUCUGGGUGCGCCACGGCGCCCUGCGACCCGCGGCGCUGCGUGGCCUGCGCCGCUCGCUGCUGGAGGGCCCCGCCGGCGACCGGCCCGAGGACCUGCUGCGGGGCCUCCUGCACCUCUGGGUGCCCAGCACCGUGCGCGCCGGCGGCGGCCUCCUCGAGGAGGCCCCGCCCGCUCCGAAGG